AUGAGGCGUGACGUCAUACCAAUUGUCUUAGGAGCCAAGCCAGAAGACUACAGGAGGAGCGCACCAUACCAUUCGUACAUCCACGUGGAAGACUUUGAUACACCCAAAGACUUAGCCGAAUAUUUAAUGAUCUUAGAUAAAAAUGAUACACUUUACAAUGAAUAUUUUCGAUGGAAAGGAACCGGAGAAUUUGUUAACACAUACUUUUGGUGCAGAUUAUGUGCAAUGUUACACGCCCCACCACAGCCAAAAGUCUAUAGAGACAUGCACGCUUGGUGGUCAGGUGCAGGGACUUGUACCAGUGGAAGCUGGAAAAAAUCAGUAGAAAAAAAACCCGAUAGCGGUUGA